AUGUCAUUCCGCAAAAGAGGAAUCGUUGUGCCUCAAGCUGGACCUGGACCUGGCUCACCGAAUCCACUAGGCCGCCCAAAUCCAAUUCCCGGAUCUACAGCAGCAGCAGCAAUUCCCAAACACCCACCAGGCACGCGCCCCUCACCCCUCGAUGGAAGGCUCACAACCUCGACGGGAACACGAUCCCUCGAUGCUUUACUCGCAGGCCAUGCCGGUCUUGCACUCGGGACAUCAUUACUGAUAGAAGAAAGCGGGACGACAGAUUUCGCUGGUUCGUUAUUAAAAUAUUAUGUCGCCGAGGGAGUGGUGCAGAAACAUACUAUCCAUGUAUUGGGAAUGCCUGAGGGGUGGGGGAGAGAACUUCCUGGACUUGGGUCCGGCGAUGAUGGGAGUAAAGGGAAGAAAGUCAAGGUUGGUGAGGAGAAGAUGAAUAUUGCAUGGCGGUAUGAGAGAUUGGGGGAAUUUGGGGCUACGAUCGGUGGAGGUGCAAGAGGUGGGUGGUCCUGGUCCUUUUUUGAUUUUGUACAUAUCGGAUUAGAUAUAUUAUAUACAUACAUAUUCUCAGAAACUAAUGGUAUCUGCUUCUAGAAAGGAAUUUCCCACAAUCAACACCAACUUCCAGUUCUGAACCAGCAAUCUUCUGUCACGACUUCGACCUCAGCAAACGGCUAAUCCUCCCCUCACCAUCCAACAUCCACUUCAUCCCCCUCUCAGCCCAACCAACUCUCACAUUCAUCGACUCCUCCCCCUCUCUCUCCCCCUUCACAAAAUUCAUCCACCACCUCACAACAAACCUCCAAAACUCCCCACCGACAACCAUCCACCGCCUCGCCAUCCCCAACCUCUUCUCCCCCGCCCUCUAUCCCUCCCACACCUCCAACCCAACACACAUCCUCCCCUUCCUCCACACCCUCCGCGCCCUCCUCCGCAAAUACCCCACCCGCCUAGCCCUCCUCAUCACCCUUCCCCUCCCCCUCUCCCCCCGCUCCACCGGUCUAACCCGCUGGAUCGAGCUCCUCUCCGACGGGGUCCUCGAACUCUCCCCCUUCCCCAGCUCCGCAAUCGUCGCCAAACCAGCGGCCGCAUCGACCGUGAGCGAGGAGCCGCCACAAGGAAUGGUCAACAUCCAUCGCUUACCGGUGGUCCAUGAGAAGGGUGGUGGAGGAGGUGGGGGUAGUGGGAUGGGCGAUGAUUUGAGUUUUUCGCUGAGUAGGAGACGGGGGAUGGUUAUUAGGCCGUAUAGUUUGCCGCCUGUGAAGGGGGAUGGGGAGGCGAAGGAGGAGGAGGGGCGGGGGUUGGAGGUAGGGGGAAGGAGGGUUAGGAAGGGGGAUAUUGAGUUUUAG